UGGAGUGGGAUGUCUCCAGUAGAGGGCGGGAACGUGUGAGCGUGUGAAAAAUGAAAUUUUCGAGGUAAAAACAGAUUGAAACACUCGUUAGUCGUCAGUAUGUGGUUGUCAGUGCGCGUGAUAAUUAUCACUGAAGAAGAUACAGGGAAAUUCAACAAUCGUUUUUAUUAACGCCCCGAUGAUUAUUCAACUGCGGGCAGUCUCUCGUGCGUCAGUGUGGUGGGGGUGGGGUAAACAAAGCCGUUAAUGCGUGAUUUAUUCCGAGUUAAAAGGUCUUUGCAUAUUCCAUCAGCCAGUGUUGAAUGAAAUUUUCAAACGUCGAUAUGCUGCUGUCGGUCAAGAGAUGCUUCUGCGUGAAGGACUCGGUCAGGGCUCUCAGCAGCGGCGAGGUCUCCACUGCCCUCAGGCCCUUUUACUUCACUGUACAUCCGGACUUAUUUGGGCAAUAUCCGACACAAAGGACGGUCAACGAAAAUUCAUUGAAGCAGUUGAGCUCUGUUAUCGAGUGUCUUCAGCAACGGAGACCGAUAAAUCCCAUGACAUUACCGUUUUAUUUGCGCUCGAAGGACGAGAAAGAAGUGAAGGCGGGGAAGUUUACACUUGUAAAGAUACAGCUCAAUGAUAAAGACCUGAAGAAGACGAUAAUAUCUAUUUUGAAGACCUGUAAUUUGCCCACGACCUUCGUCGAGAAGAUCGAGGAGCCUGUCAGGGGCCCCAGAAAAGAGAACAAGUUCUGGCAGGCGAGGGGGGACUUCGGGAGGGGAGUGGACUUCACUGAUCUCGAGGAUGAUCCGCUUUAUCAGUCCAUUUUCAUGAGGAGGAAGAUGAAUUCGGAGCCUGACACUUUCAAGGCAUAUUUGGAUAAACAUGUGAAUGAGGCGCACGUGAAGCUGGAGGCCUGCAGGCCAGUGAGGGAGGAAGUUAAGAAGUUGGAAAAAAUUCUGUGUGAGGACCUGGGGCUCAGGGACAUCUUCUGGGACUGCGGGUGGAAUAUCGCGCAUUAUAGAGGGUGUCUGCUGGCCUUUCAGAACCUUGCGAGGCAUCAUCCUGAGCAGAUGGAGAUCCUCAGGGGGAGGACAUUGGUCUUUGCCAAUGACACGGGGAUCAGUUCAGAGGGAAAUGUUCUGUUGAACUCCGGGGAAGUGAGGCAUAACUGGCUCGAUAUGAUUAGGAAUAUUCCGAAGCACGAUCUCAUUCUCCGACGUCUGCCAGCCUUUGAGAAAGCUGUCUCUCGGGUUCUUCUUGAUAUAAAAAUUGGCAGAAGGGUGCUUUAUAUGUGCAGGAAGUUCAUGCCGAAGGUCAUGGUUGGUCAGUACGAGCAUCAGCUGAGACAAUUGACUACUACUUUAUCGGAUUAUCGGGGGAGAUCUAGUUAUCCGAAUACUUGGCCUACGAGUUUGGCGUCUUAUGAAUUAGUUAUCGAGGCAGAGGCUGGACCACUGAUGCUCUCCCCCACAGGACAAUUUAUCGUGCCAUCCUCGUGUCCCGGAUUUUUACUCGUUACUUUCAUCACUGAGAAUUUGGAUGAGGCUACGAAGAGACUGAAUCACUAUAACAAGAUAAAAUAUGUGGAGAGGGAACUUCACAAUAAAACGAUCAAAGAACUCUGCUUGGCAGGAUUGAACAAAGACGAUAGCAUAACUCCAGAUCUGAUGAUCCAGUGCUGUGAGAAACUACUCAAACACAAAGUGACACUAACGCCAAUGCUAGAUGGUGUGAUGCUAUGGGUCACUCAUUACUACUCAGUGAUGACGGAUGGUGUAUUGUGCAUUCCAUGGGACUGGAAAUUUUGAAGAUCAGGGUAAACAGGUCAAUUUCUGGACGGGGGUAGUUUCUGAACGAUUUCAACUUGCACUGAAUAUUCCAUA